UUCUGCCUGGAACCGGAGUUCCAGUUCCCCUUGAAGAACCUGUCCGUGCCGCAAGGCCGUGACGCCAUGUUCACCUGCGUCGUCAAUAACUUGGGCGGCCAUCGGAAGUCGCCGUCGUCGGCACAGGUUGCCUGGAUCAAGUCGGACACCAAGGCCAUCCUGGCCAUCCACCAGCACGUCAUCACCAACAACGCGCGGCUCUCGGUCACCCACAACGACGUCAACACCUGGACCCUCAACAUCCGGAACGUGCAGCGCGAGGACCAGGGCACCUACAUGUGCCAGGUCAACACGGACCCCAUGAAGAGCCAGACGGCCUUCCUGGAGGUGGUCAUCCCCCCCGACAUCGUGUACGAGGAGACGUCGGGCGACACGAUGACCCCCGAGGGCGGCAACCUGAAGCUGCGGUGCCGCGCGCGGGGCUACCCGCCGCCCAGGAUCGUCUGGAAGCGGGAGGACGGCGGCGAGAUCGUGGUGCGCAACGACUCGACGGGCAGCAAGACGAGAAAGCACGCCGUGGAGGGCGAGGACCUGGUGCUGCACAAGGUGACCCGCUCCGAGAUGGGCGUCUACGUGUGCAUCGCCUCCAACGGAGUGCCGCCGCCCGUCAGCAAGCGCCUCAUGCUCUUCGUCAACUUUCACCCGCUGAUCCAAGUGCCCAACCAGCUGGUCGGUGCGCCCGUCGCCACCGACGUGACGAUCCAGUGCAUCGUCGAGGCCUGCCCCAAGGCCAUCAACUACUGGACCAGAGAGAAGGGGGAAAUGAUCAUCAACAACGACAAGUACCAGAUGGACGAAAGCCCCCAGUCGGCCUACGGCGUUCUCAUGAAGCUGACGGUGCGAAAGUUCCGGAAAGCGGACAUUGGCGCCUACAAGUGCAUAUCCAAGAACUCGAUCGGCGACGCGGAGGGCAUCGUGCGACUGUACGAGCUGACCCUGCCCAGGCGGAAGUCCCUGGAGCUGGACCCGGAGCAGCAGCUGUCCGACGCGCACCUGCAGGACACGCUGCCCGAGGACGCGGAAGAGGCCCUGGACGAGGAGGACGCCGAGGCUCCCUCGCCGGACGAGGCCUCAGGGACUUCGGCCUCCUCGUCGGCGACCUCGACGGCCACCCCUGUGCGCGGUGGCCUUGCCGCCCUGCUGAUGCUGGUGCUGCUGACACCGCUGAGGCACUUCUAGGUCACCUUCGAGACCGUCCGCGAAGUCGACCUCAAAAUAAACUGAUAAAACCUUGCGGCCGGCCUGCACUAUCUAGGUGCGCUAGUGUGCGGCAGGCGGUGAAGGCCAUGCUCGUGGACCGCGGCCCCGUCUCCAGCAUAGACUGACUGCCGUGUGGCGUUUGGGAGAGGGAGAGAGAGAGAGAAAAAGAGAAGAGAGGGGUAAGAGGCUCGACUGCGCACUACUGUAUCCGAGCGUUGCGUAACACCGUCUCCCUCCCGCUGGCGCCAGCAACCGCCAGCAACCCGGCAACUCUUUCCUUGCGCGCGGCCCGACCCUCGGCAGCGCCCGCCAGCUCGGCGAACUGCGGUGGCCGGCAAGCAAAGUGCAUGAUGUGUCAAGUCCUCGCGAUCGCGACCGGACAGUGAAAUCGACAUUGCAAGGCUCGUCACUGUAAGGUUCUGUGAAAAUGAACGAGUUUCCUCGGCGUGCUGGGCUGGUUCAGUGACGUGUGGCACCGCCGACAGUCGCCGCGUUGUCGUCGGACACGACAGAGUGACGAAACACUUGUUCAGCGGACGGUGACGUCAAUGGCGUCAACGCACCGAUAACUAGUGAUAUCAAGUCAACCGCUGAUAGUUGUGAAGCCACCUGUCUGCCAGAUUCUUCCAAGGUUUGGAGAUCACGUGAAAAUUCGCCUUCUUGACAUAAAACGAGAGAUGGAGACCGUUAGCUUACAUUUUUUGUGAUGUGUAAAGAAUUAUUACACAACUUGGUGCAAUGGCCGGUACUCAUAUGAAGUGCCAGACUGUAUCACAAUAACCCAAUGUACAGCAGAACUAUAGAUAAGACCUGCUUCAAAAUACUGUGCGAUUUGUUACUAAGCAUCAAAGUAGGUUUCUGUCAUUUGUUCAAGCUUUGAUGUAGAGCAAUAACAGAGUGCGUGAACUCGGUGAUUUCUUUUGUUUCUAUCGGAAACAUGUAAACGUAAUUUUACUACUUAUGGCAAACUGUUAUAAACUGCAAACAUGUACAUAAAGCUAGCUGCAAUCGAUUGUUAUAAAACUUAACAUUAUGUUAUAAAGGUGACUCCUCAU